AUACACAAAUGUCUUUUCGAGAGCAAAAUUCUCAAUUUUCGAUACCAGAUAUGGAAAUGGAUGAAGAAUUAUUUAAUUUAUUUGCUGCUGUGUUUUCCGAAGAGAAUACACAACUGUCUACGCAGACAUCAACACCUGAAAUAAGACAAAGGAAAAGACUUCAUGUCGUACAAUGGACCACGGAGGAUACACUUACCUUGAUUUCGGCAGUUGAAAGCCAUCCUUGUGUCUGGGAAUAUUCCUCACCAGAAUAUAAAGAUCGCCAAAAAAGGGACAGUGCUUGGCGAAAUAUAGCAGAAAGUUUUGGAAGUCGCAACGUGGAAGAGUGUAAGGCGAAAUGGGCCAACAUUAAAACGGCCUAUAAUAGUGUUAAAAAAAAGUUAAAUCAACUAAAUCUGGUCAAGGUGUAA